AUGUGGAAACCUGGUACAGAACAACCGACACCAAGGACACCACAGGUUGAAUCCCCUAAAAAUGGUGCAAAGGAAGGAAAGCCAUCCGCGGAAAAGCCCAUUUCGUCGGCAAAGAAGCGAUUGUCCGGAGCCACAAUGAAUAUGAGGUUUAUGAAGCGGAAAAAAGAAACCGACGACUAUGUGGAAGAGAGACGGAAAUCUGGAGUCCAAAGUAGCCCAAUACCUACGCCGAAUGAAAAACAGCCUACAAAUCCUACUCCAGAAGCAACUCGCACUGACAAGAUGGACAUUGAUGAUGACGCUUCGACUUCGGACGAGUUUGCCCAGACCACAACUCUUGGAUUGCACGGAAUGGAUGCUAUGCUGAUAGGUAGAAGAUCGUAUGGAGGCUUCAAUCCUGCGGUAGAAGACGCCUGGGAAAAAUCAAUAGCAGCUAUAGAAAAUAGAUCGCUGGAACCAUCACGAAAAAUCUCGGACGAAGAAUUGAUGCGACAGUAUGAAGCGAUUGUGAAGGAGAGAUCAGGUUCUUCGAGGCCAAUAGGCAAUUUGAACGGCAAGAAGGGGAAGAAAAAGCGAUAG